AUGCUGAUGAAGAACAGACACCCGUCUCCAUUUUUUGAUAUGCAGCGCCUUAUUGAAUAUACCCCGACGCAUUUUUCGGACAACGCCCUGUUAAACGAGGCUCGUAACGCAAUUCAUCGGUUAGCAGUCCGUGUGAACACUGUUCAGGCGGAUGGCCAAGAUGAGAGUAUGGUCGAUGGUACGAAGCUUCUCGUUCGACUACUGGCGCCAGCGACGUUGACUCCCAACCGAGCGUACAUACGUCACGAUAUUGUAUCUUUGGAAGUGAGUAUUCAGAUCCGUUAUGGUUCCAUCUUUUCUCUGAUGUAUUAUGCUAUGGAUCGAGCAAUACAAUCACCGAAAGGCGUGGACACUAUAGAGAACAUAAAAUACAAAAUUUUUCAUCGCCUUGGCAUAGAGGCAAUCGAAUUUGAACCAUGUGAUGAGAGUGAUUGUGAUCGUCUUGUGCAACAUCGUGAGCUUCGUGAUAAGAAGGAUCUGGCCUUGUUGGCAGAGAUUGAAAAUAUUUCAACCAAACUGGACUAUCGGCAUCACGUAGGUGCAGCUUUUCUACUUCAAGUUCAGAUCUGCAUUCUUUGUCAAAACAUUCAUUUAAAUUGCAUUUAUUCACAAAAUCCUUCGGAUAGAAAUUGA